AUGAUUAAAAUUAAAUAGAAAGUUGAGAAUUCUUAGCAACCUUUCUUAAGAUAGAGAUUAAAAAUCGACUAACAUGUCAAAUUAAAUUUAAUUAAUAGUGUGAAUAAUGAUCAUUUAACAGUUUAUUAGGUUAUAUUCAUAAAUUAUUAAUUUAGGCAGCUAAGCUUUACAAAUUAAAGUAUUCUACUGCAAAGCAUAUUUUUAGAAAUUAUCAAAGAGAUAUCGCUAAUUUCUUUUCGAAAUAAAGAAAAAAAAGAUAAAUAUGUAAAUGUUAGAAUAUUAUUAUUGAUGUUGUUACAGGAGAAAUAAAAUUAUUUGAAUAAAAUAAUACUUUUCUAAUAAAUAUGAAAGAAAGGAACAUUAAUGCUUUGAAUAACUAAAUACUUUCCAUUUUAUCAUAAUAAAUAUUAUAAGAAUUCAAAAAUACUAAGAACGAUUAUAACAUUAAUUAGAAACAUAGUUUAGAUGAAUAAUUGGUUAACAUAAAAAGAGUGUUAAAUAAUUAAUAUUUGAAGAUGCUUGUUAAUUAUAAUUGA